CUUGCCUUGAGCAGCAAACCAAACUCAAUACCUGGGACACCAUGAGUUACUACGGCAACUACUACGGAGGCCUGGGCUGUGGCUGUGGAGGCUUCGGUGGCCUGGGCUAUGGCUAUGGCUGUGGAUGUGGCAGCUUCCGCAGACGGGGCUAUGGCUAUGGCUGUGGCUAUGGAGGCUGUAAAUAUGGCUGUGUCUACAGAGGCUAUGGAGAUGGCUGCUGUUGCCCAUCAUGGUACAGAGGAUAUGGAUCCACUGGCUUCUACUAA